AUGAGCUGGCAGUUGGCCUUGGAGAGCCAGAGCAGCCAGAGCCAGGCUGCAGACUCGCCGCUCUUGCUCUUGCCCGGAUCUGCACAAGUCGGCCGUGGACAGACUGCCAUCAUCCGGUCGACGCACCAGUCUGUGUCAAGAGUUCAUGCCGAGCUGGUGAUCAAUGCAAUAGAAGGUUCUUUGGCUGAUGUGCGCCCUUUGGAAAUCAGUCUUAUUGACCGCUCGUCCACCGGCCACACUUUUGUGAAUGAGCUCAAGACACCGGGCAGAGGAGUUCCGGUCAAGCUACAUGACGGCGAUUUCUUCACGUGCGGCAUCGAUCCACUGCGCUACACAGUGAGAUGGAGGCCCAUUCUCCUCAGCGUCUCUAGCCGCCUUUCGGCACCUGAGCUGCGGAGCUUGGAGGACCUGGCCCGUGCAUGCGGAGUGUUCCUCACCACAGAGUGGACGCAGCAGUGCACCCACCUGCUGAUUGAGCAGUGGGCGAUCACUCCGAAGCUGUUGUGCUGCAUCAUCGACGGCGCGUCGCCAGUCACUUCAUCUUUCCUUGACGAGCUCGUGUCUCGCCGCGACACAGAGCUCCGGCCAGAGCCAGCCGCGGCCUCUUGUGCACCACGCCCACCUGGAGGAGCCGAUGCGGCCUACGUCGCCGAGCUCUCCGCCUACGCCAGCAGCCCUUCUCCACGGCGUCAGCUCCUGAAAGGCAGCUGGAUCAUUUUCAGCCACAAGCAGGCCUAUGAUGCACUUCACCUGCCCCUGGAGCACGCAGGGGCAUCGCUCCAGCUGAUGAUGCAGGAUGUGCCAGCCGGCAGCGUCGUACAGGACCUCAAGCGAGGCGUGGCAAUGCAUGGAGCUCCGAGUGAGGUAUGGAUCAUCCCAGCUUUGCCGCCAGGACUGGCACCCCUGCUCUCAGAGCUUGGAGAGCUUCGCUGUCCGUGUUUGGUCGUUGGCCAGCAGGCUGUGGUGGCCGCGCUACUCUCAGGCCAGAAGAAGCGCGCGACCGACACGGCCACCAUCGUUCCGAAGACAGAGCUUCCGGAGAGCUUCCCAGACACGCAUCAGAACGAGUCGACACAGCAGCAGCAGGCACAAGCGCCGCUUCGGCAGCAGAGGUCCAGGAUAAGCCGCAAGCGCCCGAUGCCAUCGGAUGGAGAUGCUUUGUCCAAGCCAGCAGCACCAGAAGCCAAGGAGGAGAGCGCCCCACACGCACCAGCUCAGGAUUGCCGAAGUGAGCAACGAGUUGCCAAAGCCGGGGCUGGAGUGGAAUUGAAAGUGAAAGAGGAGCUGGGAGAGAAGGCACAGACUGCCGAGCAGCCGCUGCUUUCGCAGACUUCUGGACCCAAGGGCGCCGCAAGUGUCGAGCACGCCCGCACUCCAGGUGCCUCGCAAGUCCUGCGGCACAAGCCUGAGCCGCCUGAGCCAGAGCGGCCUGCCGAGGUGGUUUACAGCCAGCAAGCGACUCCGAGCAUGAGAGCAGCAGCGCCGCCAAUGUCGCAGAGACCGAAAUUGGAAGAAAAACAGGAAGAAAAGAUUAGCCCGGGCACUAUACAAUCCGUCCACUCGACGCAUCUUCCUCCGGAGGUGAAGACAGAGGAAGAGCUCAUCAUCGAUGGCGCUGAGCCUGUCGUACAUCCCACCGGGAUCUGGCUCAAUCCUUUGAAGGCACGGUGCUCGAAUCGGCUCGUGCUGGAAGGCGUCGAGCUACCUCGCGCUUCCUGGGCGACGGCAGACAAGCGGGCGCCAGAGGUGCACCCAUCAGAAGGGAAGCCCAACUUCAAGCGAUUCUGCAAGGGCCAGAGCACUGAAGUCACGACCUUCGUACGUGUGGUGCCCUGGGCACCCCCGGCACGUCGCCUGGAUUUUGAGACCCAGCCCUCCAUCGACAUGCGCGAGAGCGAAAUUCCAAACUUGGGCAUGUGA